AUGAUGGCAAACUUUGGCAACGGUAGCCUUUUGGGGAACCAAAAGAGGCGCAAUUUCAUCUAUAAUCCAUCUGUUUCUCGUCACCUAGCGCAAGAAAGUGGCGCCCAACUUCGAUCCCGGGUGCCUAACAUUAAGCAUGAAUCUCCGUAUAAAAGGUUCAAAAACUCGAAUGGCUUGCCGACAAAAAGACUAGAGGAGAUUGUUACAGAAGAUGCGUGCCGUCUACCAUCAGAUGCUUUUGAUGAGGAGAUAGUUGAUGAUUUUGAUGAUGAGUUGUUGACAGCCGAACAGCUUGACCAGUGUGAUAGAAUGGUUUCACGAGAGCUAGAGACGCAGCGGACAGACCAUAAUGUCGAUUUUAUCGCCAAUUUACCACAGAAAGACGAGCAUCGUAAUGCGUCAAGGAACUUUAUCCCCUCUGCCUCACAUCUAGACCGUGGACACGUAUCCUCCGAUGAAGACGAGUUGCUUGCUUCUCAUUGCACUCAAGACUAUGCCACUUAUUCCACACCCACAAAAGCCCAUACAAACUUUACUGAUCUACCUGGAUUCCCAGUAAAUGGUUCCAGGAUCCGACGAGCACCAGUGAUCACAAAUCCAGAGGAGACUGCAAAUCUCGGUGUCAAAACAGUGGUGAAAGGUGAUUCAUUAUUCGAAACCUUUGUGGAACACGCUUGUGGCCCAAGCAACUUUCUGCCUAAAAGUGAUACAGAUUUUGUUACUACUGAGGGAAAGGCUUCCGUUGCCAGUAAUUUUGAUAAUAACUUCCAUGAUCAUUCCAGAGAUGAACAAAUGAAUUCAUUAAGAAAGGAAAUUGAAAAAUUAAAAACAGAGUUUAUGUCUUCAAAUGCCAAAGUCAAAAGACUUGAAGACGAAAAGUUCUGUAAAGAUGGGGAGAUCAGGAUAUUAAAGGAUUCUCUGAGUCACUUUGAAAAUGAGGAGAAGAAGAGACAAGCAGAGGUUAAGGCCAUCGCAGAAAAACAAGCGAGAGAACAAAGCCAACAUGAGAAAGAAUUACAAAAACAAGUUGAAAACUUAACUACACAAAUUCAGUUUAAAGAUCGGGAAAUCUCUCAACUAGUCGAAAGAAACAAGAAAAGAUCAAGUUCUUCGACAGAGUUGUGCAGUACUCCACAAAAGAAACCUGUGAACUUAAGUGAGGUUUUCCCAACUGGAAGCUCUUUCUUCCAAAAAAAGUCUCCUGAGACAAAGGUGAAAUCACCUAGGGGUACUAAACUGAAUGUGAAGAAUAUGGAAACUCCUGGUAAAAGCAACUCACAAAGACUCUCGGAGGGAGACAAUUCUGAGAGCUCAGUACAAAGUGCAACGUCAAGCAGAGCUUCAACUAUUGAGAGAACAAGAGCUCAACGCAGAGAGGCCGAAGUCAGGGAAAGGCAAGCUGUCCAACUUUUCUCCCAAAAUUUUCAAGAUGUUGAACUUGUUCAAAACUUGAUAUCACCACAAGAGAAAGAACUUAACAUUCCUUUCCAAGAACCUUGUAACAGAACGUUAAAUUAUGGUAGCAUAAUUUCACUUUUGACUCUUGACCGUUCUCCUUUAAGCUCUUGCAGUGUAACCCAGAGAACAACACUUAAUGACACAGAUACUUCACACACCCUGCGUCUUUUUGACACUCAAGCAACUUCCAAACUGCAGAGAUCUAUUGCUGUUUUAACUCAAAAGGACUCCCUAUCUGACAACCAGGAUAACUCCUUAGUGCUGCAAACUUUGUCUGUACUUUUAAACCACUGUCACACACAGCGAGGCAGUGAAAACAUGACUUUGCCAUCAUCGUCUAAGCAUUGCACGUUAUCUCCAGCCACCAAUUUUCUUCCUUUAAUAGAGAGCCAUAUUGCAAAUUAUGUGGAACAGAGGACAGACAGUGGUGAUGAAAACUUCUUGGGCACAUGUUUACCAAGAAGUUCCCCAACACCUGAUUCCCCAGAUCCAAGGGACAACCCCAGUUUUGAAAGUGAUCAGACAAGAAAUCUUGCUUUCUUGCAGGAAAUUGCUCUUAUUUCCCUGACACUACUAAAUAUUAUUGUACUGUACAGUAGUGAAGUUCAUGAAUUCAUUUUAAAAUCUGCAAGAGUGUUUAGUGAAAGUGAGAGUGAUCAUGAAAAUGACAAAAUGGUGGACAGAGAAGAUGAAAGACAAAAGGUAAACAUUGUGCAAGUAUUGUUAACAAAGUAUCUACCAGUCAUCAUUUUAAAAUCAUUUUCUUCUGUCUUUUAGAUCUACGGUGAAGUAGGGGAAAGUUUUGGAUAAGUCCAAAAACAACCGUUAUAUUCUUACUGAGAUUGGAUUGUAGCAGAUUUUUAGGUGGCUGUGGCUUUCAGGCAACCUGCUAAAAUCACCGUCUAGUUGACACAGAGGUUUUGACUUCUGACAGACAAAUAUUUUUUAAGUGGAACAAUAAAUCCAUCGUAUUUCACUUUAUUUUGGUUCCCAACACUUUUGUUUGGUUGAUACAAAUGUGGGUAAAGAAGGUGUAAUCCUCAUGGCUGGAACUAAUACCUGGUUGCUAAAAAUGCACCAAAAUGCACUUUUUAUGAACCUCAGAUGAAAUGAAAGGGGUAAGCUGCUUCCCAUUACUAACCCCUACUGACGAUUCUUCCACAUGAAUGACUUGCUUAUCGAUUUCGAUAUCGGAGGUAGACCAGACACGACCAGGGUCUUUGCCUAAAAGCAAGCUCUCCAUUAAUUCUAGGAGUUGUGGGAGGGUGAACGUUACGCUAUUAUUGAGGUGCCAUCUUUCCCCUGCCCUAAUCUUCAUGCUGCACUCUUGCAUAAACUUCAACCCUCACUAUUUUAGGAUGGUGAAUAAAAUGCUUGAUGGCUACCCAGGGUUUUUUUCCUGUGCUCUUUUUAAAUAGCAGUGAGCAUCCUGUGGAUACUAAAUACCGCUGUGUGUAGUUCUUAAAUAUAGACCCGAAACUCAGACAAACAAACUGAAAUUAACAUUAGCGAAUUCCUCACUUUUGUCUGACUUUUGUCCUUAAAAUGAGAAAAAUGACAAAACUCAGACAAACAUUGAAAAUUAGUCACUUUGACGUCAUUUGUGCAAUACACUAUUGUAAUUUUUUUCUUUUCUGUAAAUGCAGAUAUUCUCCAGUGAAGAAGGAGAAGGAAGCUUUUGUCAGCACCCAUUGUUUUCAAGUCUCAAAAUUGCCAUCAACAAGGUAAGAUCAAACAUGCUGUCAAAGCUAUUCUGGAAUCGACAGUUUGUGUUGUUUUUUUGUUUGCUUGUGUUCUAGCUAUAAAGCUGUACCAUUUAUCUAUAAUGUCUUAUAAUAUCUUGUUAUUUCCAAGGAUCCCAACAGGCAAAUGGAAGUAACUACAGAGAAAGGUAUGGCUGAUAGAGUCAGCAAUUAAACAGUAGGGCCGAGUUGUUCAAAGCUGGGUUAAGAUAACCCAGGGUUAGUGCCAGAUUUGAAUUCAGAUUUGAAAGCUUAAAAAGAGUUUCAGUUUUAAUUGUUUUUGUCUACAAGUUGAUGAUUGAAAGCUCUAAAUAUAACAGGAAAAAAUUAUCCGAGAAAAUGCUUUUGAACACAAGAAAGAGAAACCCGGGUUAAAUUUAACCCUGGGUUAAGCGCUAAUCGGCCUUCGAACAACUGGGCCCAGGUUGUUCAAAAGUUUGAUAACGUUGGAUUUAUUUAGUGGAUAGUGUUUCCCUAAUACCUAUCUACUGGAUUGUGACUUAUCCAGGUGUUAGUAUAUACAAAACAGGUGAAGACUUGUGUAGAAGAGAGCAAAUUCAGCAAUUAAACAAAUUCAAAUACAUGUACUGUGAGACAAGGGAAUCUGGCUUGUUUACUGUCUCCAGUCUAGGUGUUAUCCCCCUUGACUGACUGGAAAGGGAUUACUGUCCAUCUUAAUUAUCAAACAAAACGUCCUUUUGUGCUCUAUGAUCGGCUAGCCUUGAUGGUGAAUAAAAUUGACCAUUGAUAGCUCAGGGGCGUAGCUAGGGAGGGGGGGUCCUGGGGUGCCCGUGACCCCCCCUUGGUAGGCCUUCUUUUGAGCAAACAACCUACAAUAUUUAGGUGGCGAAAACGCCAUGACAAUAUCUUGGCCAUAAAAGCCAUUGUUGAAAAGCCCACUUUUUUAAAAUUUGUUUUUUUGUAAAGUAUUUUCGUCAACGGCUCUUGUCUUUAGUUAAUAUGGGACUUCAUGCCGCAAUAAUACGACUGAACCCGCUGAUACACGAGAGAGAGCAGCAGUACAAACAAUAUAUAGUCGGCGAUCCCCGGAUGGUGUCCCUGCUGUGACCCCCCCUUUGAAAAAUCCUGGCUACGCCCCUGUAGCUGAGCAACCAUUUUAAUUGUGUGAAGGAGUUUGACUCAUCCCCCUCCCCUAGAAAAAUUAAUUUACAAUAAUUAUUGAUGUUGAGGUAAUGGCUUUUGAUUUUUGCUUUUAGAUGUCAAUACAAGCAGAGGAGAAAAUGUUGUUGAAUGUACAGAGCUGCUGGGCUACCUUUUCAAACUGUUGGUACCUCAACCAGUGAGUUGUAACUACUGUGAACAUAUUUUUGUUUGUUGUUUUGUUCAGUAACUAAGCCUCUGCCUAGUUGUGAUUGUCUUUGUUUUUUUUACAUUUUAGUUAUGGGUUAGUAAUGUCUACGAAGCAGUGCUGAUGUUCUUUUUCUGGGCCCCAGUAAACAGUCUCCUUGGAUUACUGGAAAUGCAUUUUGAUUUUCCCUUCAACCUGAUUGGCAAAUCGACAAUGACAUUUUUAACAGACUAAUCAUGGCGCAUACCCAAAUCCUGGUACACAGGUGGGGACCCAGAACAAGGAUUUCAGCCCUGUUUUACAGAAGGACUUAACCAGAAGUUUAGUUCCAUCUGUGGCACAGGCUAUUUAUGGGUUUGAGUAAUGGGUAUGAAGUAAUUUUCAAAUAUACCCUCUAAUCUUACCUAGUCGUGGUCUUCUGUUGUGCCUGAAAAAAAUUUCACUCAGCUCUACCUUCAAAUAACCUGGGCAGGUAGUUAUUCUGUUGUUUCAAUAUUUAUAGCAAAGUACUAGAAUAAUUUUGCAGCUCACCAUUUCAUUAAAUAUUACAUGAUUGUGUGAAGAAAGUUAAAUUUCAAUGUAGCAAGAUAAAGAAGGCCAGGCUGAAGAUAAUUUUUUCACAUAAGAACACAUCUCAUAGUUAAAUAAAUAUGACAAAUUAUAUUAUAAUUGAACCAAUAUAACAUUCUUUGAGCUUAGUGGACAUGGCAGUUGCAUGAUUUUCAUAAUGAAGCACAGUAUGUUAAUAUCGUUGCCUUGGUGUUGUACUGCCUUUUAUUUUCAUGCAACGUAUCCUGCCUCUCCUCCAAUAAAAAUUCUGAUUCUUGGGUCAUGAAUUCUUGGGUAAUUUUCUCAGAAAUUAUUUUUUCAUAAGAGUGACUUCUUGUUUUGAUUUUUUUCUAGAAAGAAUCUAUGGUUGUUACUUAUGCUACACUGCAAGUUUUAAUAUCUCUGUCAAAAAAUUGUGAAGUAAAGUAUUGUACAAGGUUUGUUUGUUAGUAAUUACUGCAUGUUAUGGGAUAAUUUACUUUUGUGAUUCUAGUAAAAUUUUUGGUCUGAUACACUCAUGAUCGCAGUAAUGGCCAGGGUCUGGACAGGUAUUUUCAGGAUCCGGGAUAUGACCAGCAUUUUAUAUUUAUUAUUACUAUUAUUAUUAUCAUUAUUAUUAUUAUUAUUGUUGUUGUUGUUGUUGUUGUUGUUAUAUGGCAUAGCAUAUAUAGUAAAUUUUUCUAUCCUCAUGUUAUCUUUUAAUUUUCCUCCAAUUAGAAUGUUGCCAUUACUGUCUGAGAGUCUGCUUACUCAGUGUCUGUCCAGGGACUGGUGCUUAACAUCACUGUCAUUGGUCACAUCACUCCUUACCCCUCUAAUACGACACCAAGGCAUAGUGAAAAGGCUGUGUUCUCAAUCAGGUAAGUGCUAUAAUAAUAUUAUGAUAAUCUUGAUUUAAAUUAUCGUUACUGCUGGCAAUUUGACUGUAGGUAAAAAGUAAAUUAUUAUAAAUCAUUAAACUGCUAUGAUUGAUUCAUCAGUAAGGGGUUUGUUGGACCAAUGGAACAAACAUGGUGUGUGGACAGGUGUUAUUUUUUCUGCACCUUCCCCCAUCAUGUGUGUCUGGUGUUCUUCUCUUGCUUCGUGCUUGCUUUUGCUCACCUGAAAAAUUGAAACAAUAACACCUGUUAUGCAGGCUAGCACUUUGCCAAAAGUGUUAAGCUUGCUUGUCACUAGCGGUGCAAGCACAAGCACAAGCAUAACAGAAGAGUAAGCAUGAUGCAAGCAUACAAUUUAAGCAUAAAAUAAUAUGAGCAUAAGAAAGUUAAACACUUGUUGGGAUGGUUGUCACAUAAGCGUAAGCAUAAGCUAAACAUAAGAAGAACACAAGGUUUUCAUAUAAAAAAAAUUGUUGUGUCCAUACAUAGCUUAUGUAAAGGCCAUCCACACUAUUGCGUAAACUCCUUAUGCUCUAACUUAUGCUUAUGCUUGUAUCGCUAGUGAGAACCAUGCUAUGUUCAUGCUUAUGUUCAAGAUAUGCUGUUCCUAUGCCCCUUUAUAUCUUCAGUCCUUGUUUUUAAUUCAAUGCUAACUUAGUGGUUUCAUUGUCAAAAGGUGAAUGCUUUUUAUUGAAGAUCUACCAGGGCUGGCUGUUUAGACCAGAAGAUGUUUCUGUCCAUGAUUAUCAACAAGUUCAUUUACAGGUACCAAAUAACACAACAAUCAUGAUAUCUAUGUUGUUCAUGAGGCCCUUACAGAAGUGGUUCAAAUUUUUUUGUUGUUCUUUUUUUCAUUCCUCAGAUUGUUAGCUUUGUAAAUAACCUCCUUUCAAACAAUGACGCAUCAAUUUUGUUUUUUCAUCCGGAGAGUGAAUGCCACUGCAAUAUUGAGGUGAGAGUCUACAUGUACCUAAUGGUAAAUCUUAAAUUUCAGCCUGCCCUUUGGAUGAACAUUGUCAGUCUUAGUUAAUAAUGUAGAAUAACAUAGCUGAACCCUUCACUGUCCCAUUUGGCAAGUGGGCAUAAAAAGUUUAUCAUCUACCAAGAAAAUCUGUUUGUCUCAAACAACCAGGAUUUAGGAUUUAGGGCCUUGCCUUUUUCUUUUUGUUUUUCCUUGUCAUUAACCCUUUAAGCCCCGAUGUCCACAUAUAAAUUCUCCAUACUGACCUUCAUACAUUACCUUAAAAAAUAGUUGAGAGAAUUUUGUAAAAGAUCAAAGCAUUUUUCCUUUGGUGAUCAUUUUAUUAACUCUCAUAACCAUUUCUCUUGGUAACAUAUGGAUAUUGUUAGGAGAAUAUUGAUGUUGGUCACUAUCGGGACUUAAAGGGUUAACAUAGAGGAGAAUAAAGAGAAAAAAAGUUUCAAAAACACUUCUUUUAAAAAAGGGCAGGCUACCUUUACCUUGGUAGUGGGAUCUAUGUUAUGUUGUAGGUCAAAAUUAAUUUUAGCUUCAAGAAUUUUGGAUCCUUGUUUGAUUCUCUAAACCCAAAUGUUUUGGGCUAGUAGACAAGGGAAAAAGAGAAUUACCCUAGGUUUAGUUAUUUAACUUCAAUUUAAUUUUGAUCUAUAACAUAUUGUAAUAAUGCAUGGCUAGAAAGGAUCCGUUAUUUUUGUAGGAGGGGUGUCCACUUGAUAUUUCUUUUCUCUAAACUUCAGUCAAGUUUUCUUGUUUUAUCUCUUGUCAUCUCUACCUUUAUUUUAGCCAGUUUGAAAAGGUAAAGGUAUUACAUGGAAAGUAAAUUCUUUCCUUGUACUUUGUAGCUGGUAAAGUGUCUUGUGUUGAUGUUGGAUAAAGUGGUCACUUCCCUUGUUCAAGUUUCAUACGAUUCACUGUUAAAGGAUUCACAAAACCGGUGAGUGAGUUUCUGUAGAGACUGAAAUGUUUAUGAGGUAGCAACAAAAACAUUCUCUUUAUAAUUCUGUUUUGUUCUUCAAUAGUAUUGUAUUUUAUUACUAUUUGACACUUGCGUACCGUAAAUGAUCUGAUGGAUGCCCUGCGUUUAAUCUUGGGAGCCUAAGCGAGGGUUGGCAUUAAGCAAUUAGCAAUGGGCAAACUCUUGUCAAUUAAACAAGAGACAUGAAGGAGACCAUAACAUUAGCCAGGGGAUGUUUAUAAGACAAGGGUAUCUAGUACAAACUUAACAGAGUAGGGGGGUGUUUAUUAGACAAGAGGCAUUUAUCUAAGAAAUGGUGUCUGUCAGAUCAUUUUGCGGGAGAUAGUUGUUAGGGUGGCUCCAAAUUAACCAAACAGGCUUCUAAAGUACCGGUAUAUAGAAGACCAUUUGAAACAUUUCUGAAGUAUUUAUUUGUGGUCAUAGAAAUAGGUUAUAAGGAGUUUGAAACAAAUAAAAAUAAAGUGCAAACCAAGGAUAAUUUUAAACCACUAAACAUUUAUACACAAACAUACACCGGUAACAUAAAUUAAUGUACUAUGGGAAACUGCAAGAUAAAGAAAAGCAGUAUUAGUAAUAUAUUAAAAUAAUAAUAAUAAUAAUAAUAAUAAUAAUGAUAAUAAUAAUAAUGAUAAUAAUAAUAAUGACAAUAUUAACAACAUACAGUAUUUUAGGAUCUUCUAAAAUGAUGCCAUUCACUCAUCUGUUGUUUGAUAUUGUUCCAGGCAAAGUCUGGUGUUGCUACGGCAGAGUGUGUUCCUACUGGCAACCUUGUGCCUAAAUGACCGUCUUUUUGUGGAGCAUCGCGUUGAAGUGGAACAUCAGUAUGUGAAUGUUAUCAGCAGUGUGACCAGGUUGUAUCAGCGAAUUACAGGACUUAUUUCAGAAGCGGAGGGUAAGUGAUUUUGGGUGUAAGGGUGGAACUGUUCUUGCUGUAGAGUCCAAAUGAUUGGGUGCGUGGAAUAACACAAUUGGUGACUCCUUGUCUAAUGUCAAAAUCCCCCUUUGGUUCACCAUCACAUACAAGGCAAGUUGGAGGUAAUAUUUUGCAGUUAACUGAAAGUCACUUGGGGAUAUAAUUCCAGGCACCCCUUCAUUACUGUACGACCCUAAAGACCAUCAUUUGUAUUCGUUUCCUAAGCACUCUUAUCUUUCACUCACAGACCUCUCCCUUUCUUUAAUUAGUAACAUGUGUACCAUUGUAGAAUAAAAUACUGUACCUUAGUUCAUUGUUAGCCUGCUGUGCAGCCAUUUUCUGGGGGGUUAGGGUUUGACAAGAACUAGAAUUCCGUUGGGUUGUGGUACACAGGGGAAUACGUUACAGGAGGCAGGGAGGAGGGCAGGGCUAGGGAGACAGCCCCACGCUACUGAUUAUACUUUUUACUCUCAUCAUUAUCAUCAUCAUCAUCACUUUGAUCAUCAAACUUUCUCUGUCUUCAAAAUCAAAGAUAAGGGGCUUGCACAGGAAAUGAUUGGUAUUCUGUCUCCAAUAUGCUAGGAUUUUAUCACCUCUGCAACCAUAAUUAAAUUUUGUUUUGUGUUUAGUUCUUGCCGUUCAAGACCUUGUGGAUUUUGAACGCAUUGAUGGAAUUGAUUGGUCUCAAGAGUCUGAAGAUGAGAUUGAUGAAACCACUGAAGGAAUGGAUGUUGAUGAGUGAAUGCAGCAUUAACUGAAAUGGAAUAAGAAGUGUUCUUCUCCAUACAGCCCUUUGCAAAAGUGUUUUUCAGCCAUAAUUAUGCCUUAUUUAGUAAACUUUAUUCUCAGCGGAGAAUAUCCUUAAGAAGGAUCCCAGCUUCCCUUCUGCUUCAAAGAGGCAUGUGCCUCAUGUAGCUUGCAUAGCAAGCAUUUUCCAUCGAGUUAUUGCGCGAAAGUUUGAGUGAGAGCCAAAAAUGGAGGAAGGGGGAUGGGGAGGGGAAAAGACGAAACUUUUCCUUUCUCUCCUCCCCCUCCCCCUUCCCCUUCAUUCCUAUUUUUUGCUCUUGUCCUAACUUUUUCGACGAAGGCUAUGCUUGAUGGAGAGUUAGACAGAGACAGAUUUAUUGGUAGUGAACUUAAGCGACGACAAAGUAGCCACCGAUAUUCAAUGAAAAAAGAUAUUACAG